AUAUCGGAUAGGCUUAGUUUGUUCCAUAUCAAAAGAGAAUACACAUUGGAAAACAAAGAUAUUGAUUAAUUUGCAGCGAUGGUGAUUGAGAAGCUAAGGUCUGUUGACCCUAAAGUAGACAUGCUGAACCCUCCAACCAUGUUCAUGACGAUGAUAGAGCGAAGAGAAUGGGGUGCCAGGGUACCUGUGUAUAGGCUGAAGACUGAACUGCCUUCAGACACUGUCCUACUCAGAUACACAGGGACGGAGACAUGUAAAGACGAGACUUCCUGCACGAAGCUUAUCCAAGAUCUCCAAAAGUUGCAGAUCGAUAAACUGAAUCAAGCCGACAUAAUGUGGAAUUUCAUGAUCGGAGGAGACGCGAAGGUAUAUGAAGGCACGGGAUGGAGGCACACAACGCCAAAAGAGGACAAAUACAUGGAUUAUGACUUUAGAAACUUGGACAUCGCUUAUAUAGGCAAAGACAACAAUGACGUGACACCUGACAUGAGAUGGGCUUGUAGAAAACUAAUAGAACAUUCGUGUCGUCUUGAGAAGUUGAGUAUAAAACCAGUGUACAUCGGCGAGCGUGAAGCCGUGGACACCCUGUAUACGAUAUAGAGGAAAUACUGACAACAUGAGAAAACUUUCAUAAACAUGUCUAAGUGUAAAACCCAGACUGGUGAAAAUAUCUAACUCUUGAAGGGAUUUACACGUGAACCGCAUGGACCGAAUGGACUGCUCUUAUUAUGCUCCAGUCAUGGUAGUCAGUGUCUAACUAUUCGAUUCUACAGUAUACUAAAAUUAAAGUUUUGUCUGUACCUUGAUUGGUUUAAGUACAACAUCAGUCAAGUAAAUAUCAAGUUGGCAAUAUACUUCGGUAACACGCAAUAUUAUGUUUACUAUAUUUGAUCACAACCUAUUAAAAGUUAAUACUCGUUAAGAAAUAAU